AAGGAGCACCUGGGUGGGGAAGGGACACCUAUAACCCAUCAACUUUCUAGAGUGGUGCCUCCAGCUCCAGCAACAGGGGCCCAACCAGGGCACUGCCCGGAGAGUGGGGCUGGAGAGAGAAGCCGGCCCGCAGAAUGAGGUGACCCCUCUGGCGGUGUUAGCCUCGGGCAGGUGCGUGUUUGGUUCUCGUCCCUCGCUCGUCCUCCUCCCCACAUUGCCUUCUUUAAUCUCCCAUCCCGCGAAGUAGGGGUUAUUAGAGGACGACACUGGGCCCCCAGGCAGGAGAGCACGUGCCCGGGUGUCUCGCGCCCCGGGCCGAGGGGCGGGGCCAGCCUCCGGGGCGGGGGGCGGGGAGCGCCUCGGGGGCGGGGCGCUGACCCCGGGCGGCGGGGCGGCGGGGCGGCUGGACGCGGGCGGCUGGACGCGGGCCAUGGCGGCUGGGGGCUGCCGCUACCAGUUCCGGAUCGCGCUGCUGGGGGACGCGGCCGUGGGCAAGACGUCGCUACUGCGGCGCUAUGUGGCGGGCGCGCCCGGGGCCCCGGAGCCCGAACCCGAGUCCGAGUGGGCGCCCACGGUGGGCGUCGAGUUCUACAGCCGCAAGCUGCAGCUGCGAGCCGGGCCGCGCGUCAAGCUGCAGCUCUGGGACACCGCGGGCCACGAGCGCUUCAGGUGCAUCACCAGGUCCUUCUACCGGAAUGUGCUGGGCGUCCUACUGGUCUUUGAUGUGACAAACAGGAAGUCCUUUGAACAUAUCUGCGACUGGCACCAGGAGGUCAUGGCCACUCAGGGCCCGGAUAAGGUGAUCUUCUUACUGGUUGGCCACAAGAGUGACCUGCAGAGCACCCGCUGUGUCUCAGCCCAGGAGGCAGAGGAGCUGGCUGCCUCCCUGGGCAUGGCCUUCAUGGAGACCUCCGCCAAAAAUAACUGCAAUGUGGACCUGGCCUUCAGCACCCUUGCUGACGCCAUCCAGCAGGCCCUGGAUCAGGGGGACAUCAAGCUGGAGGAGGACUGGGGGGGCGUCCGGCUCAUCCACAAGACCCAAGUCCCCAGCGCCACCCCCAGGAAGCAGCCCCCAGGUCCAUGCCAGUGUUGACUCUGGGAAGGAAAGGGUUAAAGCAGUGCCAACCUUAGAAGUGCUGCUGGGAUGGGGAGUGUCAGUAUCUUUCUGGAGAGCAAAGGGCCAAAUGUAGCCAAAGGGUUAAUAUAAACAGUAUCCUAGCAGCCACACCUCCCGGAUUUGGGGGUUUCACAGCUCAGUUCCUUUCUGCCAGAAAGCUCUAAGAAGCCAGGUGUGCAGCUUCGUGUCCAUCAGCCUGUUUCCUCAGUUGUCCGUGGGGCUCAUAGAAGACCCAUGCCACGGCAGGGGUGAGGGGGUGGGGGACAUGCUCAGCCAGAGCCAGCCAUACCGCUAAGAGCUGAAUACGAGAACUAUCCUCACUACUCUUUCCCCUCUGACAUUUCUGGCAGCGCUCCCGAGCCCGGACGCGGAGACACACGGAGUCUGGACACUGCUGCACAGGCGAGGACUGGGCGGGGAAUUUCAGGGCAAGCCUACCUGGGAG